AUGGCACCCGUUAAUGAGACAAUUUUAGCACUGCGAACUGAAGUAGAAUUGCUGAAAGCAUGGCAGAGUUACACGAAUGAUAAUAUGGACCAGUUCUUCUUGAUCACUAUGGGAAUAAUCAUAUACUUGAUGCAGUGUGGAUUUGCCUUGCUAGAGGCCGGAUCUGUCCGAAGUAAGAAUACUACCAAUAUUCUUAUCAAAAAUCUUCUCGACUCAUUUAUUUCUGGAAUUUGCUAUUGGCUGUUCGGAUAUGCAUUUGCAUUUGGAGGAGGAAAUGCGUUUAUUGGAACUGAGAACUUCGCGCACAGCAAUCUUGAAGAAACAAAUUAUGCCUACUGGUUUUUCCAUUUCGUGUUUGCUGCCACAGCCGCCACCAUUGUUUCCGGAGCUGUUGCUGAGAGGUGUGACUUCGUUGCCUACCUUGUGUACAGUUCCGUCAUAACAGGUUUCAUAUACCCCGUGUUAUCCCACUGGGCGUGGUCGAGUGAAGGUUGGUUGUUGAAGGGCUUCACUUAUACCGUUGACAACGAAACAACAAUCGAGGUCUCUUACAACGAUUUUGCCGGAAGUGGGGUAGUGCACAUGCUCGGUGGGAUCGCAGCCUUCACUGGUGCUUGGAUGAUGGGCCCUAGGAUAGGACGGUUCGAUAAAGAAACCGGUAUGCCACAGGACAUUAAAGGUCAUUCUGUUCCGCUGUCUGCGUUGGGUGGCUUUAUCCUACUUUUCGGAUUCUUCGCUUUUAAUGGGUCUUCGCAAGGCGCCAUCUCAAGUGAGGGCGAUGGCGCGGCUGUCGCUAUUGCUGUUAAGAAUACCGUAAUGGCCGGAUCCUCGGGGGCAAUUGUGACGCUUGUGAUGAACAAACUGCCAUAUUUUGGGGACAGAAAGUGGAGCUUUCUCACAACCCUCAAUGGAGCCCUGACUGGCAUGGUGGCCGUCUGUGGACCAGCAAACCAAAUAGAAACAUAUGGAGCUUUGUGUGUGGGUGCUAUAGGUGGCUUAGCGUACAUGAUUACCACGUGGUUGGUUCUCUUUAAGUUUAAAGUCGAUGAUCCGCUGGAUGCAACUGCUGUUCAUUUUGGUGGCGGCACUUGGGGAGUGAUCUCUGUAGCAUUCUUCUCCACCGAUUUCGGUAUCUUCUACAAAGGGGACACGAGCUCAGGACUACAUCUUGCCUGGCAGUUGGUAGGAAUUCUUGCCAUUAUCGUGUGGGGUGGUGUCUUAUCUUCAAUAAUGUUUUUCGUCCUGAAGAAAUUAAAACUCUUGAGAGUAUCAUUUGAAUACGAACUGAAAGGUUUGGACAUACCAAAACACGGCGAGCCUGCCUACCCUGUCGAAUCCUACGGACACGGCUGGGGGGAGAAAGGAGAUACGAUAAAAUCUAUGAUCAAGGAUUCCACAGCUGUUUUCUCCAAAACUAUCGAAGGCGAAAACGGAGGUCUUCCCAUGAUGAUGGAUACUCAAACCAAACGUUCAGGUGACAUAAUGAGCAUGGAAUCAAGCAACUCACUGUCUUCAGUCCAGACAAACUCAACCCAAUUAUGA